GGAGACCCGAGGCUUGUCGAUGAGUGGUUGCGCAGUCUUGACAUGAUUUUCAAGGUGAUGGAUUGCCCCGAGCCUCACAAGAUCAUGUGUGCACAGCUACAGAUGAUAGGGGAUGCAAGUCUUUGGUGGCAUUCGUACUGGGAUAUGCAACCCGGGGAGAAGCUAGCCCUCACUUGGGUUGGCCUGAAGGCGCUCCUCCGGGUGAAGUAUUACCCAGCCCACUACAGAGAGAGGAUGGAGAGGCAGUUCUUAGCACUGCAUCAGGAUGCUAGGACUGUCGAUGAGUAUGAGAGGGACUUCACUCGCCUCGGCUUCUUCGUGCCUUACCUGAUUGAUACGGAGGAGACGAGGGCGAGGCGCUUCAAGGGCGGUCUUCGCGGGGAGAUUCACCACCAUCUCGCUGGCCUUGGCGCCCUGACUUAUGCUGAGACCGUUUCUAGGGCUCA